AUGUCUCAGCCAACUCAACGACAAGCAUGGCGUCGAACGGAUGACUACACCAAAGACACCCCCAAAGUGAAGCUCGUCACCGAAGAUCUUCCUCUUCCUCUCCACCCUACAGCUGUUCUUAUCAAAAUUCACGCUGUCGCUCUGAACUACCGCGAUGCCAAUAUUGCCAACGGCGGUAAUCCCUGGCCUGUUACUCCCAAUGGUGUCCCUGGCAAUGACGCAGCCGGUGAAGUUGUCUCGGUUGGUAAUAGAGUUUCGCUCGUCUCAGUAGGUGACCGUGUUGCUCCUAUCACUGAUUCGGAAUUUGUGAAUGCUCGAUCGACUGGCAGGUCUUGGCUCGCCGCCAAUGAAGACGGUCUCUUGGCCACUUAUAUUGUUUUUGACGAGAACUUGGUUACUAAACUCCCAGAUCAUCUUGACUGGAUUCAAGCCUCUAUCAUACCUUGUGCUGGUACAACUGCAUGGUCUGCCCUCAAGGGGGCCACCAUCGGCCAAACUGUUCUUAUCCAAGGCACUGGGGGCGUUUCCACCUUCGCCCUUAAACUCGCCCGUGCCUCUAGUCUCAGGGUCAUCCUUACUUCCUCAAGCGAUGAGAAGUUAGAGCAGAUCAAGAAGCAAUUUGGAAAGCCAGAGAUCCAAACCGUCAACUACAAGACACACCCAGAAUGGGAGAAGGAAAUCCUUCGCCUAACAAACGGCAUUGGCGUUGAUCUCGUUAUUGAGAACGGCGGUAGCAGCUCACUCGUCCGGUCUAUGGAGUGCACCCGGCGAGGAGGAAUUAUCAGCCAGGUUGGUUAUUUGGGCGGCCCCAAAACAGAGCACCUCAAGGAAUUUGUGUCUACCAUCAUCGAUCGACGGCUCAAUGUACGGGGCAUCAACGCUGGCUCCAAGGACGAUCAGGACGAACUUAUGGCUGCUAUUUCGGCAACGCAAAUGACUUUCGAGGAUAUUCUUGACUCGACUUGGUCAUUUGAUAAAGCUGAGGAGGCGAUUGAGUAUGUCUGGCAAGGGAAGCAAAUUGGAAAAGUCGUUAUUGAGCUUGAUAGGUAA